UCCUUCAUCCAGGUAAACACAAAAAACCUCCAAAAACGCUCGCGAAUCUUAAGAAAAGUUCAUAAAGUUGUAAAAAUGGCUCUGAAUCCAAACUACGAAGAAAUUGGUAAAACCUUUAUCACCCAAUAUUAUGCACUGUUCGACGAUCCAGCGAACCGGCCCGGUUUGGUGAAUCUUUACAACCCGGAACUAUCGUUCAUGACCUUCGAAGGACAGCAAAUACAAGGAUCUGCCAAGAUUCUGGAGAAACUACAGAGCCUCUCGUUCCAAAACAUAAAGCGGGUGUUGACUGCGGUAGAUUCGCAACCGAUGUUCGAUGGCAGCAUUCUAAUUAAUGUUCUCGGCCGGCUGCAAUGUGAUGAUGAUCCACCGCACGCUUACUCGCAAACCUUCGUGUUGAAACCCGCGGGAACUUCCUUCUUCUGUGCGCACGAUAUAUUCCGUCUCAACAUUCACAACUCGGCUUAAGUUACAGUCCGAGUGUCUUGAGACCGUUUGCCGGCUGCCGAUACAUUAUGCCCUCCUCUACAUCACCAAGUUUGGAAAGGAUGCCAGAAAAUUGCUUCAACAUUCUUUAUUCGGUUAUCUAAAGGAGCGUUAUUGGAACAUCCGAACCGGACGCCACAUCCACCAAUAGACUUGAUUGCAUUCGCUGUUAUCUUUCCAACUAUUCACAUUCCAAUGCGUUUUGCAAUAGACUGUCUGGGCUCGUUGCCGAAAGCUGCUCCCACCAACCAAACCACCCAAACAUGGCCCAACGGCUGACUUCACAAACGAGCGUGAGGCAAUAGCCAGCUUCUUUAAGCCUGAUUAACGACGUGGCAUAUCUCAAUAGCAUCGGUAGCGCCUAGUAUAGAGCGGUUCAAGGAUUAGGGGGACCCCGUAACGAAGGAAAGCCAAAGAUUUGUCAAUAUCAUUGGUUUAUCUUAGACUGUCCGUUUAAAAAAAUAAAGAAAGCGAGGAUGUAGAGUGGCAAAAGAGAAUGCAUGGGCCACAGUUCCGGCAGAGAAUAAAACUAAGU